AUACCAUACCAUACAUACCAUACCAUACCAUACCAUACCAUACCAUAUUACCAUGCCAUACCAUACCAUACCAUACCAUACCAUACCAUACCAUAC